GGGCCUUCCCACAAACACAACACAACACAGCACACGGCAGCGUCUCAUGGUUCAUUCAGACAAACACACUCACGUUUGACGGGCUCGCCAAGGCACUCGGUGGAAAUAAGGUCGCCCGGAGGUCCACGUUUAUAAACGGGCGAGUGUCUCACUGAACGGCGGUACUAGCUAACAAGCCAUGGGGGACGUCAGUGAGGUUUUGAUGUCGGUUUUGUCCACAAUUCGGGUUCCGAAGCCUGGAGACCGUGUCCACAAAGAUGAAUGCGCCUUGUCAUUUUCCUCCCCGGAAAGCGAAGGAGGCCUGUACGUGUGCAUGAACAGCUUUCUGGGUUUUGGAAGCCAGUAUGUGGACAGGCACCACGCUAGGUCUGGUCAGAGGGCUUACUUGCACAUCACCAGGACUCGUAAGGCCAAGAAGGAAGAGGACAACUCUGGAUCUGGACACCCGCCUAAGAAGAAGCCCACCAGACUGGCGAUAGGGAUUGAAGGGGGCUUUGAUGUUGAGCAGGAGAAUUAUGAAGAGGACGUCAAGGUUGUCAUCUUUCCUGACAGGCAGGAAGUGACAUCGGAGGACCUUACAUCCAUGCUGGAUGUCGUAAAAGAGCGAGUGUCCCUGUCAAUGACAGGCAUCAUGGUGGCUGACUCGGUGUCGCACACCUUGCAAGUACAACAGUGGGACGGCGAGGUGAGACAGGAAUCGCGACAUGCCGUUGAGCUCAAGCAGCUCGACAACGGAAUCAAGAUCCCUCCUAGCGGCUGGCGAUGCGAAAUGUGCGGCCUCCAGGAGAACAUCUGGAUGAACCUGACGGACGGCAAAGUCCUCUGUGGUCGCAGGUACUUUGACGGCACAGGUGGCAACAACCACGCCUUGCUGCAUUUCCAAGAGACGGGACACCCAUUGGCUGUCAAACUGGGAACCAUCACCCCCGACGGAGCAGAUGUUUACUCUUACGAGGAGGAUGACAUGGUACUGGACUCUAAGUUACCAGAGCAUCUGUCCCACUUUGGCAUUGACAUGAUGACCAUGGAGAAGACUGAGCGGACCAUGACAGAGCUGGAGAUUGCCGUCAAUCAGCGUGUCGGAGAGUGGGAGGUGAUCCAAGAGUCCGGGACCACUCUGCGUCCCCUGUUUGGGCCCGGCCUUACCGGCAUGAAGAACCUGGGCAACAGUUGCUACCUCAACUCUGUAAUGCAAGUGCUCUUCACCGUUCCAGACUUCCAGAGCAAGUACGUGUGCAACAUUGACAAGAUAAUUGACGAGGCCCCAAGCGAUCCCUCUCAAGACUUCAAAACCCAAGUAGCCAAGUUGGGCUACGGUCUGUUGUCAGGCGAAUAUUCCAAGCUGGCUCAAGAUGCUUCCGAUGAAAAUGGUGCAUCUGAGCCCAAAGAUUACCAAAUCGGCAUAGCGCCACAAAUGUUCAAAGCACUUGUUGGGCGGGGUCACCCGGAGUUCUCCACCAAUCGGCAACAGGAUGCUCAGGAGUUUCUAUUGCACUUCAUAAACAUGGUGGAGAGGAACUGUCGCUCCGGUCCCAACCCAUCUGAAGCCUUCAGGUUCCUGUUGGAGGACAGGAUUGUGUGCCAGCAAUCCCAGAAGGCCAAGUACACACAGCGGGUGGACUACAUCAUCCAGCUGCCUGUGCCUAUGGACCAGGCCAUCAACACAGGUGAGGAGGAUGAGCUGCAGGAGGUGGAGCGCCGGCGUGAGAAUGGGGACUCAUCGGUUUCGCCUGUGCGUGCACAAAUUCCCUUUGCGACUUGCAUGGCGGCCCUUACUGAACCGGAACUCCUUACUGACUUCUGGAGCUCUGCUGCACAAGCCAAAACUACUGCCACCAAAACCACCCGAUUUGCCUCGUUCCCAGACCACUUAGUUAUUCAGAUUAAGAAGUUUACCUUUGGUCUUGACUGGGUCCCUAAGAAACUGGAUGUGAGCAUCGACGUCCCGGACACUCUGGACUUAAGCGCGCUCCGUGCAGCAGGCCAGCAGCCGGGGGAGGAGCUCUUACCAGAGGUGGCCCCGCCCCCUCUCAUGACCCCAGAUGUGGAGGUUAAAGGUAUCCUGGGUUCCCACGGCAACGAGGAGGACGACUCUCUCUACUCCCCACUGCUGUCUCCAGUCCUUGACGACUCCACGGUGUCCCAGCUCUGCGACAUGGGAUUCCCCAUGGAGGCCUGCAGGAAAGCGGUGUACUACACUGGGAACACUGGAAUCGACGCCGCCAUGAACUGGGUCAUGGGCCACAUGGACGACCCAGACUUCUCCGCCCCCCUGAUCCUGCCCGGCUGCAGCUCAGGUGGUGGAACGACGCCGACAGAAAGCAUCUCCGAGGAACACUUGGCAACCAUUGUGUCAAUGGGCUUCAGCCGAGACCAAGCGACCAAAGCACUUCGGGCAACGAGCAAUACGUUGGACCGGGCCGUGGACUGGAUCUUCUCACACCUGGACGACCUGGAGUCCAUGGAUGUGUCCGAAGGAGGUCGCUCCGCCGCAGAGAGCGAGAGCGUUCGGGAUCCUCCUCCUGGGCCUUGUGUCCGAGACGGACCAGGCAAAUAUGAGCUGAUUGCCUUCAUCAGCCACAUGGGUACGAGCACCAUGUGUGGCCACUAUGUCUGUCAUAUCAAGAAGGAUCAGCAGUGGGUUAUCUUCAAUGACCAGAAGGUGUGCGCUUCAGAGAAACCUCCCAAAGACCUGGGGUACCUCUACUUCUAUAGGCGAGUGGCAGAAUAAGACUGAGGGUGGGGGCGCAUGGUGGCACUUUUGGGAAAGUGAAUGUGAUGCGUGUGAUUGCUUACACACGUACACACAACUUUUAUUGACACACGUACAACAAGCUCUUUGAAACACCCUUGUUAUAAGAAGUGUAAAUACAUCUCUCUUUACUCCUCACUGCUUGGCUGCACAUAAUUGGGGAUGUGUUUUUUUUUUUGUUUUUUUAACUCAAUUAUCGACUUGCAGUAAGUUAAUCUUUCCUGAAAAUCUAAAACUAUCACGUGAAAGGCUCACACUUGUAUUGAUACCCCUUCUAAAUAUCCUACGACCUGUACUGGUUUACAAUGCAUGGCUUCAGUUACUGAUAUCGGACUCUCCCAUCUUAUUCAAUCACAGAGCAGGCCGCUCCAAUGUGUGCUAUGAAAGAAAACAAUAAAAAAAGUCAAACAAA